CCGGGGGAUAUCGUUGUCGCUGGUGAAGCGAUAUCCGGUCAGGACCUCCCUUAUAAAGUACAAAUGUGAUGCUUUCAGUCAACGGAGAUGGAUUUCCCAGAAGCAAGAAGAGAAGCAAGAAGAGAGGCUGAAACCACGCCCCCGGAUGCACGAGAACAUCUACACGGUGCCCAACAUCCUCACCUUGACGCGGCUGCUGGCAGCCCCGGCGGUGGGCUACCUGCUCGUGCACGACUGCCACGCCGCGGCGUUCUCGCUCUUCGCCUACGCGGGCUUAACCGACCUGGUCGACGGCUACAUCGCCCGCCGCUUCCACCUGCAGACCGUCGUGGGCACCAUCAUCGACCCCAUGGCCGAUAAGCUGCUCAUGACCGUCAGCGUCGUCUGCAUGGCCGUCAACGGCUCCAUCCCCGUCUGGCUGGCCGUCAUCAUUCUCGGUCGCGACCUCGCCCUCUCCUUCUCAGCCAUCUAUUAUCGUUGGAUCUCCCUCCCGCCUCCAAAAACCAUGGCCCGCUAUUGGGAUUUCUCCCUCCCCUCCGCCGAGGUGAAACCAACAGCCAUCUCAAAGGUAAACACUGCUCUCCAGCUUGUCCUUGUCGGCUCCGCCAUGGCCAUGCCCUUGAUCCCAGAGGCUAUCUUGGCCGCUUGGGGGCUCCAGACCGGAAUGGUUGCCUUUCAGUGAGUUCCCUUUCUUCUUCUUCUUCUUCUUCUUCUUCUUCUUCUUCUUCUUUUCUUUUGGCCUGGAGUAUCCUGUCCACCCGCCGAUAUAAAUCCUUUUCCUUCUUGCUCCUUCACGUACGACCACAGGGUGUGGAAAACAGGGCUUCCCGUCCGCUCAGCCGUACUUAAGCCACACGCCGGUCAGUUAGUAGUUGGGUGGGUGACCACCAGCGAAUCCUGACUGUUGUACGUUUUUAUAUUUUUAAUACUUGGCCGUGGAUUGCGUUCAUAUUAUGUUCAUAUUCUGUUUAUCUUUAUGAUGUUGUUUAUAUGUUGUUUGAUGUAUGCUAAUGAUAGAUACCUCGUCGGCGC